UGCACAGCGUGUUGUGUUCAGUGAGUAAAGCGAAGAUUGAGGUUUUCUCGGUGCCUGUUCAUGUUGAUGGUUGAUACAAGACGCGAUCGCCUGGAACCAAGAAAUAGUGCAUUCACGUUUUCUGCAUAAAACCCCGCGUUGCCUCUGCGGUAAGACCCGACCGAAGUUUGUCUGCUUUCUCAUCAACAACUGAUCCAUAUCCAUCGACUGAAAAUACUUCGGAAGUCAACAUACAUACCGGAACUCGCACCUCCAAACAACAACCAUGGCCGCUACUGGCGAGUCUGCCCCCUAUACGGGUCCCUCUCCCCGCGAGAUGAUGGAAAGCCAUACUCUGGCGCAGGAGAUCAUCAACCGCAACAAUGACGCCUGCCCCAUCCUCGACUCUGAUGAGCUGUCUCUCCUCUCCGAUUUCGUCAAAGAUCCAUCGCAGGCACGCUCUCUCCUCGAGGCUCGCGGACUGGCCGACGAACCCACCAAGACUGGUAGUCUUGUGGCCCACGUCAUUUCACUACACGGAACCGACAAGGCCGCCCUCACUGACGAGGAAAUCAAGCUUCUCAAUAGAUGGUUUGAGAAUGGCCAGAAGCUUUGGUGAGAUGAAGAGACAUCCUGAGUGGGAAUGACAUGUUCGCAUUCUCAUGUAGCGAAAGGGCUUCAUUGCGACAUGGCAGCGGGCGGGAGAAGCUAGCUUGGCUGUACAGUGAUCGACCAAGCCCUUCAUAUAAUCAACAAAUACUCUCACAAAUGGCGAUAGCACCGGGGCUCAAGGUCGAAGCCUAAACGUGUUUUUGAUAUCAGUGAUAGUGGCAGCUUUUUAAUAGGAAUAUGAACUAUGUGGUGCCAACCUGUAAAUCCUUUCCUCCAUAUCAAAACGCAUGAACUUAUUCUUCAGCGUAGACAAUAUCUCGUUCAAGUGGUACCUAGAAUUGGCGAUAGAAUUUGG